CUGGGUUGUGGUGUUUCAGCCUGAGGUCAAAGCAAACCAUGAGCCAGAGAAAUAAAUGAUCAAAGGAGGGAUAGGAGGAAUGACUUAGAAUUAAAAGCAGGUCAGAUACUGAAGAAGAAACCAGUCUGAGAGCCAGGCAAAAAGAAAGGAGAUUGGAUUCCUAAUCCCAAUGCUAGAGGUGAAUUGUAAAACAGACAAGGAAUGAACACAAUCCUUGAGACGUAACUGGACCAGAGUACAGCAGAACUAGAAUCAGGGGUGUGUUGAUCUGGUCUAGGAAAUCCUCAGCUUCCCACACAAUCUCGCAGUGAGCUGGCUGGCGUACGGCUAGAGGAGUCCAAGCUGUGUCUGGGCGCCACUGCCCCUUUCCCACUACAGAAACAGGAAUCAGAUUCUUCCAAAAAAUGGCUUUUGUAUGCCUAGCUGACUUUCAAGCAUUUGCCAAAGACAAUCUUCCUAAAUCCACUUGGGAAUUCAUUGAAGGAGGAGCUGAUGAAUGCAUCACAAGAGAUGAGAAUAUCUCAGCAUAUAAAAAAAUCCGUCUCCGUCCCCGCUUCCUAAGAGAUAUGUCUGUGGUAGACACCAAGACAACCAUCCAAGGUUCUGAGAUCAGCUUCCCAGUCUGCAUUGCACCCACUGGUUUCCACUGCCUUUGUUGGCCUGAUGGAGAACAGAGCACAGCUAAAGCAGCAGAAGCCAUGAAUAUCUGCUAUGUUACCAGUACUUAUUCCUCAUGCUUCUAUGACGACAUCGUGGCUGGUGCACCCAAUGGCCUCCGAUGGAUUCAACUAUAUGUACAACGGGACAGGAAAAUAACAAAGAAGCUGAUACAGAAAGUGGAAAGCUUAGGCUACAAAGCUCUAGUCCUCACUGUAGACACUCCUGCUUUGGGCAACAGAUUGCAAGAUAAUCGCAACAGAUUCUCUUUUCCAGCAUUAUUGUCCACGAAAAACAUACAUGUGCCUAUUGAGGAAAAUUCAGAGUCCCUCCUCUCAGUCUCAAGCAUUGAUUCAUCUACCUCCUGGAAAGACAUUGCCUGGCUAAAGAGCAUCACCCAAAUGCCCAUCAUCCUGAAAGGGAUUUUAACAAGGGAGGAUGCUGAACUGGCCAUAAGCCACAAUGUGCAGGGCAUUCUUGUCUCCAACCAUGGUGGAAGACAGCUGGAUACAGUUCCAGCCACAAUCGAUGCCCUGACAGAAGUUGUGAAUGCUGUGCAAGGAAGGAUUGAAGUCUACUUAGAUGGUGGCAUCCGAACUGGGACAGAUGUAUUAAAGGCACUUGCACUUGGUGCAAGGUGCGUCUUCCUUGGAAGGCCAAUCCUGUGGGGUCUCACUUACAAGGGUGAAGAGGGAGUUCGACAAGUCCUAAACUUAUUAAAGAAGGAGUUCUAUAGAUCCAUGGUCUUUACAGGUUGCCGGUCAAUCUCAGAGAUCAGCCAGGACUUGGUGCAAUUCUCCAAAUUAUAAGAGGUGACCUUUCCAAGGGGAUGUGAGAACUGGAUAUAUCAAGUGACCAUGUGGACCCUCCCUUCUCAAGCUGUGCACCUGCAUACACACAUACACACACACACACACACACACACACACACACACACACACACACGUUGCCUAGCUAAAGAAAACCGCUCAUCAGGCCAGCUGUGCCAUCAAACUGGAUUUCGGCAGCAAGAACACCAGUAUGAAAGAGAACCAGAAUUCUGAUGCUGUCCCGUUAUCAACACAACCGAUGGGUUUCCUCCUUCCUUGUCAGGGAGUGACGGACUUCCUCCCUCAUCUCCUCAGUUCUGCUGGCACGUUUUGUGCCCAGAGACCAAGUUGGGUAACUUGGGCAUCCCAACGAGAAUGAAGAUGUUUGCAACAUUAAACAAUGUAGUGCUUGCUUUGGAAGGGGCAGAGAUGGAUAGCAGCAUUCAUUCAGGGUCAUCUCUGCCACUGGUGGUCAUAGGGCCCCCAAAUCCAAAAGAUCCAAUCAACAAAAAGAAAAUUUUUCUUUCAA